AUGGCUCCUGCAAACCCCACCGGCUUCGACAUGAAGACCUUCAAAGCCGCGGCGAACCCCCGGUCUUCCUGGGCCAAAAAGGAUCCUUGGGCACGACAUGAGGCAUGGCGAUACACAGGCCCGUUUUCGCGAUGGAACCGAUUCAAGAACGGACUUCCCGGACUAGGGAUAGCCUCUGUUGCUUUUGCUAUCUAUUGCGGUUACGAAUAUGCGUUUUUGACCCCAAAUCACCAAGAGGAAGAACACCAUUAG